AUGGCACCAGCCCACACAACCUACCUCCCCACUCCUUCCCACCAAAUCUCCUCUACCUCAAAUAAUAAGGCUUCAAAAGCCAUUUUCCCCGACGGCAUCAAAACAUCUGGUCAACAUGCACCCCUAUACGACCAAUUACGCCCAUAUUCUGAAUUCCCAAAAGAGAUAGCCGGCCCCACAGUCUGGAAAGCAGAGGACUACACCCACAACCCGGAACGCUGGACGCACCCAUUCUCACCCUCUGAGAUCCAAGAAAUGAGCUGCGCAGCAGACGCAUUCUUGGCCUCUGGCACCCCUCUCACGGGCAUAACGAAAGAAACCUUUUCCCUACCAAAUUUUAGAAAAUUCCUCGAGGGCAUGCGGAAUGAGCUGCUCAACGGUAAAGGCUUCAUACUCUUCAAAGGCAUGCCAGUCCAGGAAUGGGGAAACAAGAAAUCCGCCGUCGCAUACAUGGGUCUAGGGACCUAUCUAGGUUAUUUGGUGUCCCAAAACGGUCGCGGGCAUGUGUUAGGGCAUGUUAAGGACUUGGGGGACGAUGCCACGCAGAUCGAUAAGGUGCGGAUAUAUCGGACGAACGCGCGGCAGUUUUUCCACGCCGAUGAUAGUGAUAUCGUCGGGUUGCUUUGCGUGGCCCGUGCGUUGGAUGGAGGGGAAAGUGAUAUUGUGAGUAGUCAUCAUGUAUGGAAUACACUUCAGAGGGAGAAUCCAGAUGUGGCGGAGGAAUUAACGAAGCCCUUGUGGUAUUUUGACAGGAAAGGGGAGACGAGCAAAGGGGAGGAGGAGUGGAUCAAGACGAGUGUGUUUUAUCUCGAGAAGGGAGAAAAUCCAAGGGUAUAUUCAAAAUGGGACCCCUACUACAUCCGCUCCCUAACCCGCUUCUCCAACGCCGGGAUCAUUCCUCCUCUCUCGCCAGCUCAAAAACGCGCUACUACCGUCUUAGAAGAAACAUGCCUCCACCUCGCAUUGCACAUGAUCCUCGAAAUUGGCGAUAUUCAGUUUUUGUCUAAUUGCCAUGUUCUACAUGCUCGCACGGCGUAUAAGGACUAUCCAGCGCCAGCGCCCAGGAGGCAUUUGAUGAGGCUGUGGUUGAGCACCCCAGAAGACGAAGGAGGCUGGAAACUGCCGUUCCACGAUUCGGCGGAGAAGAAGAGGGGAGGUAUUCAGGUCGAUGAUACGCCGCCUGUGGCGCCUGAAGAUGCGGAGUAGA